AUGCAAAAAUCGAUUACAAUAAACGGAAGAGGCAGACACAUAUUAUCUUUGGUGACGCCGCUAAAUGCUGAUUCUGAUGGUAGUGAUGACUCAAGUAGUGCUGGUGAAGUUAAAACAGUUGAGAGCUCACCGGUACCGUCCCUAGAUUCGUCAUUUGAAAGGCUGAACCUUCUCCGCAGCCCCACACCGGAGAAGGAAGUGGAGUCACAAACAAGUACUUUUUCGGAUGUUGAGCAAGAUACUUCUCAAGUUCCUCUCACGCCAAUCUUGAACGCUGUGUUCCCAAGCCCUACGCAAAGCAACUAUGACAAAAUAUCUUCGAUUAACUCAUUGCUGUCUGUAUCUUCCAUCCAACUAUAUUCUUCUAUGACGAAUGAGAGCCCAUCAGGUACACGUGGACAAAGAAAACGUGCAGCGCCCUCUGUUCCAGUUAAUAAAGUAAAAAAGCGCUGUAUCAAAAAACUAAAUUUACGUUUCCGUUGGAAGAAAGCUACGUUUCAACACAGAGCUGACAUACCUGAUCUAAGGUUUGAAGAUGAAGUUCCGACCAAUCAAAGACGAAUCUCAGCCAUCCUCCCAGAUGAAGAGGAUGUAAAUACUGACUCUGAGAUAGCAGGGCUAGCAAACCAUGGCAGUAUGAUGCAGGAAAUACGGCGCCAAAUCAGAGAAACCAUACAGGAAGAAAUGAAAAGAAGUCUCCAGUUUUUCUCUGACAAAUUCGACGAAUUUCAGGAGGCAAUCAAUAGCUAUGAAGAAAAAAUCAAUCAAUAG